AAAUAUGGCUGCGCCCUGAUCGGUUCUAGAGGAGAAAUUGAAUUGACUACUGCGGAAAAUACGCAUCUGCCUACCGUAGGGGACCACAAGAGCGAGUUCAAUUGGAAGUAGUGUUUGUAGCAAACACAACAGGAAGCGCCAUCUUGCCGAGGCACCGCCGAAGAUGUCUGAAAUGACUUCAAAAGAUGACAGCGUUGAUAAGACACUCCUGAGAGUAAGUUUUUAUGAAAUGAUGUUGGGGAAUUUUGACAGGCUACCCGAAACCGACAAGAAAGUGUUCACCCAUGGACCCUUUUACCUUGGGGCAAACAGCGCCCUGGCAGGACUGAUAGCCAACAGUUUUUAUCGGAGAGUCUUGAACGUAGCGCAAGCGCGCAUCGCAUCCAGUUUGCCGAUGGCCGUGCUUCCCUUUGUGACCACGGUCAUCUUGUACGACGCGGCGAUCAAAAACCCCUUACUGUACGGUGACAUCAACUGCCCCACGUGUGUUCUGUUACGGGGUGCGGUUGUCGGAGUGUUCGGCGGCGGGCUUUACCCAAUUCUGCUGGCCCUGCCCGUGAAUGCCAGCCUCGCAGCCAGGUACAACACGACUCCGAUGCCAGAAAAGGGAAAUAUUUUCCGAUUUUUUAUGGACAUUUCCAAGCCGGUCCUGAGGAAGAUGAGGGUGGUCUUGGUGUUCCAGGCUAUUUUUGGGACCUACCUGAGCUCCAGACACUUUGACACAUACGUUUCACUGGCCAAGAUGACGCUUGGCGAUGAGGAGUUAAAAGAUUGAAGUGUGUGCUAAUAAA